ACCAUUGAAAAUGAGUCAUAGGAAUCCGCCCGUUCGCACUCAGCAUUGGGACUCAAUCGAUCAAUAUAAAUAUAUAUCUAAGAUCUAAUCGGUUACGAUGACAAAAUUCAGUAGUGUGCACAGCUCUAAUGGAGAGGAAUAUUACAGAAUUUUUAUUAACCUCGGCAUAAUAUAUUUUCACUUUUAUGUAGGUAAAUGAGGAAACAGUCACAAUAUAAGUCUAAUUUGUUCCACACAUUCUGUUUAUAAUAGUUACAAUGAAACUGAAUAUUUUAAAUAAUGUCUAGCAUAAAAAACUUGCUUGAGUUAUUCGUAGUUGUAGCUGAGUGAAGUCAUGAUGUACCGGAGUUCGAAACAAAACAUUUUUUUUUAUACUACACUUACGCUCGUGAUUGUACUAACGAUUAAGUCAUAAAGAUAUUAUAAUUUUAUGGCUUUAGAAUACUUAGUAGUCACGGUCAGUUUGAAGAUAUUCUAAUAGAAGAUACACAUCACCAUGGGUAUGUAAUAACUUUCUAAGAAAUAUAAAAACUUUUUGAUUCAUAGAGACACUAACGAUAAAUAUUUAUUAGCAGGUCGUAAGAAGAUUCUAAAAAUAGAAUAUUGGAUGUUUUUCAUUAGCAUCUGGGUUCUAGUCGUACAGAAUUCUUACGCAGAAGACUUAAUGUCAGCUGAUGCCUGCAGCCCACUAGUGAUAGCUCAUCGUGGGGCCAGCGGUUAUAUUCCAGAGCACACUUUAGGCGCAUAUGCGCUAGCAGUUACCAUGGGAGCCGACUAUAUAGAACCUGACGUUGUAAUGACAAAAGACGGACACAUCAUCGCCAGACACGACAACCAGCUGGGUCUAACUACUGACGUCGCUACCAGACCAGAAUUUGCUUCCCGAUAUCGAACUCAAACGGUCGAUGGAACCACCGUAAGCGGCUGGUUCACCGAAGACUUCACAUUAGCUGAAGUUAAAACACUCCGCGCUAUCGAACGCAUUCCAGGUACGAGACCGGGAAACGCUCGCAUGGACCUUGCGUUUGAUGUCCCUACAAUGGAAGAAAUUAUAGAUCUAGCUAAAAGUAUGCAAACGAUACACUGCCGUGAGAUUGGAAUUUAUCCUGAAAUCAAACAUCCUUCACAUUUCAAACAACUGGGAUUAGCUAUGGAAAAACCACUUGUAGAAUUAUUACAUAGUAACGGCUACAUAGGGAGGAAUGCUCCUAUUUACAUUCAGUCAUUUGAAAUAAGUAACUUGAAAGAACUGAAAACUAUGACUGACCUUCGAUUACUUCAAUUGUUGGGGACCUCGAGGCCCUAUGAUCAAAUUCUGCAGGGUACUAACGUCACGUAUAUGACAAUGGCUACUCCGGAAGGUCUCACUGAAAUCGCUACGUAUGCUUAUGCAGUGGGCCCUGAGAAAGCUUAUAUUAUUCCACGUACAUCAAAUAAUACUUUAGGAAAUAAGACGCAGUUCGUGACACACGCUCAUAAUGCUGGUUUAAAGGUACACCCUUGGACUUUCAGGUCAGAAAAUGAAUUCCUCCCUGCAGAAUUUCGUAGCAGUCAAUCACCUUACGACCCUGGAAAUGCAGCAGGGGAAAUGGAAGCUUUCCUUGCCACCGGAAUAGAUGGACUCUUUGCUGAUCAGCCCGACGUGUUAGUGAAACUACGCAAGCCGUGCGUCAGUGAAAUUCCAAGGUGCACAUCAUCAGCUUCAAUAGUGACACCUUUAGUAUGGAUUAUAAAGUUAAUAGUUAUCAGUGCAAUAUUAUAUUCAAGUUAAACUAAAAAUCUGCAAUAAUUGUGAAAUGAUACAAAAACAUAUCUUAUAUUUAAAUAAAUGUGUAAAUUUUUCAUCAUGAUCAUACUUCUAAUUUUAAUACAAUACUCAAUAAAUGACAAUUUUGUAGAUUUGUUUCUCUUAUGUUUUGUAUUCAGAUAACCAUAUCGGAGCUUCUUAUAUAACGCAAUAACAUUACAAACGAUCUGUCACUAUGUAAGUAUACAUACAUCCAUUAAAAUAGCACAGUUUAAAAUAUCAGGAACAAUUAAUAGAUUUUGUUAAAACCUCAAAAUUUGAGUGGGAUAAUUUUUUUUCUGCCUCUCAACAAUAUUAGUAAUACAGUUACUUCUUCCUCCGACUGCACAGAUAAAUUGUUGAACUUGUACUGAUAGUACGACACUUGACUCGUAUCUUUGUCAUAUUUUACUAUACGCCGUUAUCAAUAUUUUAUACUUCCUGAGUGUACAGUCGAAUAUAAUUUAAAAAAAAUGACAAAUUCACAUAAAACUUUUGGUUUUCAAUUGUACUAUACAAAUAUUUAUGGAAUUUCGACAUUAAUAUAUAUUUCUAAAAGCAAUACAGUAGAUAUUUCUUUUCUGUCAAUAUUUCAAUAAUAUUAGCAUUUAUUAGCAUGCAAUGGAUGAAAUACUUAUUUUUUUCUUUCACUUACGGCAUGCAUUUUCGUAUUUUUAUUAAAUAAGAUAUAAUAAUUAUAAUUUAAUACAAAAAAUUUCCAACUUUGUGGACAAAUUUACAAUAUGACCCUCCCAAAAAAUUUCAAAAGAAAAUUUGAAAACGUUUUCCAAUCACACUAUUCUAUUACAUGGAUACACAUACAAACAAAAUAAGGUGCUGUUCCAUACAAAAUAUAUAGUUAAUAUUAACUAUAUUUUUCUUUUAUAUUUUCCCAGCUUUGCAAAUAUUAGCUCAUACUGUGAUCAACCCGAUAAACGAAAUUAACAUGAUAUUGAUAAUUUGUAUAAUAUAUAAUGUACCACUUUUGAUGUUUCAUAUAGUGCACGUAUUACACGCAUUUCAUGCAUUAUAUACACUAAGAUUACAAAUGCCUUAUAAACACAACCCAGACGCUCACAACACAAUUAAAUACAAACAAAGAAAAUAAAACUAUAACUUUUUUCCUCAUCAUCAUAUUAGUUGGCUAAAUUUGGCGUGGUAGAGGACGUACAGUUGCGAGUGAAUACAAUUAAUUCUUAUUUAUAUUAAAUUCAGUUACUUGUACUCCGUGAGAUUAACGGUACGUAUUUAUCUGGAUAUUUGUUUUAUCUUAGCGAUGUUUAUCUUUAUUCGUGCCAGUUGAACCUUAGAGAUACAGUCGUAAAUUAUUUCAAUAGUGAUUACGACGUACUAUUUGAUGAUAUUAUUAAUCUUGCGACAAGUUGUGUGAUCAUUUCCGAGGUACAGGAUUGCAUAGCUAAAUACAGUUCCUUGUUAAAUGCAAAUAAUAAAUUAAAUAUAUUUUUAGUGAAUUCUGUGAAGUGCCACGUAAUCUCAUGU